GCGGCGGCCAGGGCGCCUGGGCCGUGGGCCCCCGGGGGUGGCGCCGUGUCCUCUGCGGCGCCGGCGGCGCCGGCGCGGCCCCCCGCGGUGCCGCAGCAGCUGCCGCUGGAGGAGCUGACCGCCCUGGUGGGGCGCCUGAAGGCGGAGGCGCCCAAGGACGGGCUCACGACUGGAUGGUCGAGACGCUGGGGACGCUCAAGGUGCAGCACCGCGAGCGGGAGGCGCUAUUGAAGCGCAGCUGGAGCGACGCGGCGUUCGAGGAGGGCGAGGCCGGCAACGACAAGGUCAUCGAGGGCUUCGAGCUCGAGCUCGUGACGAUGCUGAGGGAGUCCAAGAAGGGCCUCCGGGACGGCGUGGUCCUCGGGAACGCCAUCGAUCUUGCCGGGGCCUACAAGAAGAACUACAAGCUGGACAAGUCCGAGGCCGUCCUCCUCCGGUGCACGCGCCACGCGGAGAGCCGGAGCGGCGCGUGGAUGGUCAAGUACCUGAACCACAUAUCGCAGGUGCGGAUGAAGCAGCGCCGUAACGCGGAGGCGCUCGAGAUGAUGUACGAGAUAGAGUCCUUGGCGUCCUUCCCUCUGGAGGAGCCCGGCGCGUCCGAGUUCUACGAGACCCUGUACAGGAACAUGAGCUCCUGCCUGCGCAGCAUGGGGCGCGAGGACGAGGCCGCGGUGUACUUCAUGAAGAUGGCGGAGGCGGCAAGGUACCACAAGGCCUCCCUGGACUGGAUGGACCUGUGGGACCUCGGCGUCCUCAUCGCCAACCGCGCCUACCAGUCGGGGCGCUGGGCCGAGUUCCACAAGUCGCGCGAGAUCAUCGCGGAGGCGCUGCGCAUGCAGAAGAUCGCGGAGCCGCACGAGCUCAUCCUGAGGGCCAAGGUGCUCAGCAACCUCGGCCAGACCUUCCUCGCCACGGACGAGCUCGAGGAGUGCGAGGAGCACUACUCGGAGGCCUACGCUCUAUUCGACGCCACCGUCGGCAAGCGCUCGCCGCUGUUCGGCAUGCAGGCGUGGGCCUGCGGCAACCUGCGCUGCGCGCAGGGGCGCCACCGCGAGGCGCUGCCGCUGCUCGGGGAGGCGCUGUACGUGGAGGUCGUCGGCGACGGCCUGAGCGUGUCCGAGAUGGCCAAGCUGCACGACCAGAUCCUCCACUCGCUCCACGAGUGCGGCGGCGACUUCUCCGACAACGACACCGACUCGCCGCCGUCGUCCGGCGGUCGCUCGCCACCCUGGCAGAGGACCCGCGGUGGGAGGCGCUGGAGGACACCGUGGAGCUCGCGGUGCUCGCCCACAAGGCUGCCCUCCUCUACGCGGCCGCGCGGUGGCGCGGCUCGGAGGACCACGAGGUGGCCAGCCGCUUCAGCGCGCGCGCCGUGGGCGUGCUGCAACGGCAGUCUGGCGACCAGGAGGC